AUGGCCGCCGGAGAAGCGGUGGUGGUGGGGGUGCGGGUGAGGCCCUUCAAUGAUCGGGAGAACAAUCUCAAUGCCGUGGUUUGCAUCGACAUGGAAGACGACGCGGUGGAGGUGUUGUCCAGUUGCCCGCCCGGACAGCUGGCGGUCGUGUGGUAUAGUGAUGAUUCAGUUUAUCACGAGCGGCUUAUGGUUUGGAGGGCUGGUGACACUGAGUGGUUUGUGCUGACCCCUGACGGGGACUUCUAUAGAGAGGACUGGUCAGGCCAUUCAGAUGAGGGUCCCAUCAGCUUCAAACUGAAGAAGACAGACUUUAGUGAGUUAGGCAGUGGCUCCCUGAGUUGGACACCCCGCAAGGUCAUUGACAUGAAAGGCAAGGAGGUGGAGGCUUCUCCUUACCUGGGACGCCUGAUAGUGCCCCGGAGGUUGAGACGUCGAGAUGGAGGCUAUGUCGCUGAACCCAUUCCCUCCCCAGUGGCAGUGUCAGGCUUUCCUAGGUCAGGACUUGCACCGGCCCCUGAGGGCCACAUGUGGGUCGCCUUGCAUGACACCUCCGCCUUUGACCUUGGGAAGGAGGCCAACGUAGGCUUGGAGAAGGGCAUCCAGUUGGACAGCGACCAUGGAGCCAUCCCUGAUGAGAAGGGAUGGACCUUGAUGAAGCUGCUCAAAGUUGAGAAGGUUCCCGCAAUGGUUGAAGAGCGAGAGAAGCUGGUGACCAGUCGGUUGGAGCUUCGUGGUGUGCCUAGCAGGAGCCUGGAGACUGGCGCCAAGAAGGAGGAGGCUGGAGGUGAGGAAGACGCUGAGGUCUCAGAGGACGCCAGGACUCUGAGUGUUUGCUAUGAUGAUCAAGGAGAGAGAUACCGGUCAUGGAGGGAGGCCACAAAAGAGGCAAGGGAGUAUUCCUACUCGGACUGGCCCCUGGAGGGGCCCCAAUCCGUGCUCCACUUGAUGAAGUACAUGUUGAAGAAUGGUGGCAGCCCCAAGCAAUGGUUGUUGAUUUGGGCCCGACACAAAGGAGUGCAUGACAAUGAUCGAGUCAUGCAUGAAAUGCGUGCCUUGUUGGAGAGCUUCGAAUUGGCAGGCUGCUAUGACCAGUUGAACCUUGGCAGUUUGGCCUGUUUUGAGGCCUUGGGACGCAGGGUGCAGAGCAUUGUCGAUGCCUACAACAGCGGCUCCUCCGCCUCUCCAGAUUGGGGGGCGGCGAAGAUCAUGUCGGGAUACCAAGGUCCAGAGGAUCUGGUUUCUCCUUCCCUUCGCACUUGGGCAGCCAAGAAAGGAAAGGAGGAAGUUGAGAUUGCAGCCGCCCGGACGAAGAUGAGAGAGCACAAGCGGCUGCAGAUCCCCACAGAAGAUGCUGCCGCCUCCGCCGUGGCUGACGGCAACCUACCUCCCGGCGGACCAGCUGCCAAAGCCAAGCGCAAGGCGGAUGGGGGGCCCCCUAUGUCCUCUCGGGGGGUCUCCAGCAGACUGGCAGCUAUGGGAGGACAACGCCCAGAUCCAGCCAGAGUGAGUCGAGAUUUGUUUCCUUUGCCCUCUCCAACUUUGCCGAAGAAGCCUGUGGCCGGGAGCCGUCGGUCGCAACAGCGUUUGGAUCGCAAGUGGAGACACUAUGAGACGGUGAAGGAGGCAGUAGACGGCUUGAACUGGCUGGCAUGUGAUAGUUUUUUGCAUGGUACAGAUGUUGAACCAGAUGGCAUUCAGCUGGAGGUUUUACAACGAAUUCAUGAACUAGCCCAGGACGCAGGACGGCUGGGCACCUUGGAGCAGAUUCCAAAACCUGAGGCAGCCUUACGAGAGCUGCUCAAAGGGAAGUCGGAGUAUCGCCAACCCGAAGUCCCUGUGGCUUUGGCUCCCUACAAACUCGAGCGCAUUUCUCUCCCGAGCAGCUUGGAGAACCUUCCGGAGGCUCGUGACCUUCUGCCGGAGAAUGCCCGUCGAUAUCUGUUGGGUAGAGAGCUCAUGCUUAGGGAGGAGGGCGCUUAUGAUGCCCCCCGCCCUUACUGGGACCCUGUUUUGGCGAACAACAAGAAGCAUUACAGAGAGUUCAUUGAAAAGUUGAACAGUGUUGGCAUGUUGCAGUUCACUCAACACCCCAAGAACCAUGUUGGAGUUUUCUUUGUGCAUAAGAGUGACAAACAGAAGAUACGACUCAUUGUGGAUGUCAUUAGAGACUCCACUUUGAUCACAGACAAGGGUUUGCCGGUGGUAUUCAAGAGCUCAGCAGUCCGAGACAAUGCAAGAGCAACAACAAGGCACUACGUCUAUGUCGACAACCUUGGCAUUGUUUCCCCUCACCGGGGGGUCGUCCAGUCGGCGCUCCAGGAGCUGGACAGUCACUUUGGAGGCAAGGGACUUCUUCUUCAUCCAGGAGAGGUCCACAGUGAAGAAACGAAAGCACUGGGGGCAAUAUUGGAUGGCAAGACUCUUUGCUCCCGAAUUUGCCCAGAGAGGUAUCACAAGGUCAGACAGAGCAUCAGAGGUCUUUUACAAAAGCCGCAGGUGACGGGACAGAUGGUUGAAGUUGUCUUGGGCCAUGCAACCUUUUGCGCAUUGAACAACCGUAUGCUCAUGUCGAUCUUCCACAGUUGUUACAAGUUCAUAAGAGCACACUACUUUGAACCGGUGGCAAUGUGGGAUGCAGUGCGUCGUGAGUUCACAGCCUUUUCAGGACUCAUGAUUUUUCUUCGAGCGGACUGGUGGCGCCCUUGGAACAGUUUGGUGUGUUGCAGCGACGCCAGUACUACUGGCUAUGGGGUAUGCACAUCACAUUGGAGGCUAGAGGAUGUCAGAAAGGUUGGUCGACAGAAGGAACGGAGCCGCUUUAAACGUUGUGACAAUCAUCCAGCUAGAGAGUCAGCCUUAACUUCAGCAGGGUUCAUUCGUGAUGAGUUGACAGGUGCAUGGAAGGCAGGCAAUCUUUCAACUGAAGAUUAUCUCAACCUCAGCGGGUGGAAACUGGACCAAAGUUUUGAGGAGGUUCCAGCCCGCCUGCUGAGGAAGCAAUUGUGGCAGCCAAAGCUUUGGGGAAAGUGGCGCUUCAACGAAGGCAUCAUUAUCCUUGAGGCCCGGGCGGCCGUGAAAGCGAUGAAGCGGAUUGCGAUGAGCCGGUACGGUUCGCAGACACGACAGCUUUUCUUGUUGGACAACAUGUCACUGACCUUAGCACUCGAGCGUAGCCGCAGUCGUCAGUAUGGGCUCCUGAGGCAGGUGAGGGUUUUCAAUGCCUAUUGCAUAGCUAGAGGUAUACAGCCCAGCUUCAGGUGGAUUCCUAGUGAGUUGAAUAGUUCAGACGAACCAUCUCGUUUUGGCACGGACGAACCUUCCAAGCUGCUCACCUCGGAGAUCCCCAAGAGAACCAGACGACUAGCCGCCCCGGAGAGAGAUGUCCCUCCAAGGGCGGCCAGAGUGGAGCAAGUGUUGAAGCCCGGAAAGCUUGUUGCGCCGAGUCGUUCGAGCAAGAAGGAGGCCUUGUUGAAGCCUGUCGAGACCAGCGAGCUCCUGGCAACAAAGGGAGUGCUGGGAAAACUGCCCACGCUGGAGAGUCCAGGGGAGGAGACCAAAACCCUGGGAGUCGAUCUCUCCAUGUCCAGCAGUUCCGACAGCAGCAGCGAGGUCGACAUGACCCAGAAGAGAAAGAAGAACUUGCACAGUCGCGCCCGACACCGGAGGCGCAAAUAUGUGGACUUCCUCAUAGACGGCAAGGACAAGGAUGGGCUGAGUCUUUUGGAGAAGAGAGCCAUUGGAACAGCCGCAGAGAAAAUGUACCAGAAAGAGCUUCAGGCCUUCAAGGACUAUGCAGUGUGUCGGGGACUGGACCCGAAAGAUGCCGAGGGGGUGGACAGGUUGAUGGCGCAGUACAUGAACCAUUGUUCUUUGGCAGGACACCAGGCCUAUGUUGGAGACCGCCUCAUAGCCAGUUGGUUGCACCAUCACCCACAGUUCAGCAAGACUGGGGUGAAGAAGAUCCCCAGAGCCCUGAGGUGUCUGAAAGGUUGGCGAAGACUUUGCCCUGGACGGUCGCGAGUUCCAUACCCUUUGAGCAUUUGGUGUGCAGUGGCAUGUCUGAUGAUCAACAUGGGUUUUUCCAAGAUGGCCGUUUUUGUGAUGCUAGCAGUGUCCACCUACAGUCGCCCCUCCGAGUUGUUGCGGCUGAGGACCUUCAGUUUGAUCAAACCGGCACCAGGAGUGACCAGCAGUUGGAGCUUGCUUCUGAGCCCAGAAGAGUUGCAGGAGAGUUCAAAGACUGGAGACUACGAUGUCAGUGUCCUGUUAGACUCUCCCUAUACGAAUUGUUGGCUUGGCAAGUUCCUCACGGUCAUGAAGAGGGCCAGCAGCAACUCGGCCCUGUGGGACUUCGACUACAGUCAGUACCUGGCAGUGAUAAAGAAGAUUGCCAAGAAGAUGGAGGUGCCACUGGAGCCUUAUCACACGAGGCACAGCGGCCCCUCCAUCGACAGAAGCCGAAAGUACAGGUCGCAGCUCGAGGUACAGAAGAGAGGCCAGUGGAAGAGUUCAAAGUCAUGCGUGAGGUACGAGAAAGCCGCCCGGUUGGCUCGGACCUGGGAGCAAGUGCCGCAGAAGACAAAGGACUUCGCCCUGGCUUGCGAGGAGGCGUUCGACGACAUCAUGCUUGGAAGAAAGAAGUGUCCCGACUCCAGCCGCCUAGGAGUGGCACUGGCCUGUGAGAGGUUAGGCUUUGUGAGCAAGCAAUGGGACAUUAGGUUUACCUUCGACGAAUCUUUUUGGAGCCACGAUGGCUUCGAAGAUGAUGGGACUGGCUACCUGCGGCCGCUCCCGAACAGCAAAUAUGCUGAUCAAAGGUAUGUGUUUGACACCUUUGGUCAGCGAGUGCUGGAUAAUGCUUGGAAUGGCUUCCACUGCUGUCUUUUCGCAUAUGGCCAAACAGGAGCUGGCAAAAGCUACUCCAUGGUAGGCUAUGGGAACAACAAGGGCAUUGUGCCAAUCUCCUGCGAGGAGAUUUUCCGGCGGAUUGGCCAGGAGAAGGAUCCGCAGAAGCGGUAUGAGGUCACCGUCUCGAUGAUUGAGAUCUACAACGAGGCGAUCCAGGAUCUCCUCAUUGACGUGGAACUACGCCCCAAAAAGGGCCUCGAAGUGCGAGAGUCCAAGGCGCUGGGGAUCUACAUCGAUGGCGUGAUCAAGCGCCCGGUGGAGAGCUACGAGGCCAUCGAGACGACCAUCGAAGAGGCGACGAAUCACCGGACCGUGGGCUCCACGCUGAUGAAUGCGACCAGCAGCCGAGCACACACCGUGCAGAUCAUCGAGUUCAAGGCUGUGAAGGAUGGAUCUGCCACAGUGUCGAUGAUCAACUUGGUCGACCUGGCUGGCAGUGAAAAGGCAGGGCAGACGGGUGCCACAGGGGACCGACUGAAGGAGGGCUCCAUGAUCAACAAAUCCUUGAGCGCGUUGGGAAACGUCAUCGAGAAGCUAGCGGAUCGAGGAUCGGAGAAGAAGAAGAAUGUGCUGAUCCCCUAUCGCGAUUCCAAGCUCACUCGACUCUUGCAGAAUGCCCUCGGCGGCUCCAGCAAGACCAUCAUGAUCUGCGCGUUGUCACCAGCCUCCUCCAACCACGAAGAGACGCUCUCAACGUUGCGCUAUGCCGACCGUGCCAAGAAGAUCAAGAACAUCGCUGUGCCCAACGAGAAUCCCCAGGAACGCUUGAUGCGAGAGCUUCGGGAAGAGAACGAAAAGUUCAAGAAGAUCUUCGAAGCGAUGCAAGGUGGGACCAUGCCCAGUGCAGAUGAGAUCAAGGAGAUGGGCUUGGCCCAGCAGGAAAUCGCCGCCAUGGAGGGCGCCCUCGCUGAGCUGAACAAGAGCUGGGAGGACAAGGUGGCCGAAUCCAGAGAGCAGCAGGAGGCAGCGCGGAUGCGGCGCUCCUCCGUGAACGGCGUGGCGGCGCUGAAGAAGAACCUGCAGCCAAUGAUGGUGAAUCUGAACGAGGACAAGACCUUGGUCGGCCGGGUGCGCUUCUCUUUCCCACCUGGGCGGACCCUCAUCGGCGGCCUAGGUGAUGAGAGCGACUCAGAUUCUGAGUCUGGAAGUGAGAGCGACAGUGACAGCAGCACAGGAUCCCAACCCGAGGGCGAGAAGAGCCCGGAGGAGAUGUUCGAGGACGAGGACGAGUCCCCACACAUCGAGCUGGGUGAAGGUGUGGCACGGCGCCAUGCGGUGGUCUUCCAUGACAAUGACCAGAACCUGUGUACCAUCUACGCCGCCAGUGAGGAGGGGCUGAAACAGACCUUCGUGAAUGGCAAGUCCCUGCGGCAGCUGCUGAAAUCCCAAGGUCUGGAGGAAGUGAUUUGUCGGCAAAAAGACAAACCAGAGGCGGCGGGUAUUGAGCUCUCCCAUGCGGACACGCUGGUCUUCGGGAGGCAUUUUUUUGUCUUCGUGGACCACAUGGUUUGUGCGCCAGAGAUCCUCAUCGCCAGCGGCCAGGUGGACUAUGCGCAAGCCAAGCGUGAAUGGCAGAUGGAGCAGUUGAGUGGAGUUCACGAGUCCCUGAUCGUGGGUGCCUGGGCCUAUCUGGGCGUGUCGGCCGUUUUUUGGCCGCGGGACGGUCUCAGACAGGUUGGACGACUCCCUCACUCUUUGGGCAGGUUGGACAGAAAACAGAGCGGCCGAAGUUCAUGUCGAAUCUUUUUCGGUUUGAUUUCACUGAGCCGGAAGUGAUGGUUCUUUUUUUUGCCGAGCUAGCAGUCUGUGGUUUUGUGGGAUUCCUGAAUUGAAAGACUAAGGCUAGGACACACACCCACAUACAUAGUUCAAGUUAACCCAGAGAGAUACAGACUGAGAACAUUUGAGGGGGUUCAUGAAGUGUCUAGUGGGAUCAAGACCCAGGACCUCAUUAUUCUUGUGACUGUCAAUGUUGGCCGGGAGGAUUAAGUAUGUCAGGUUCGGACUCCUCCUAGAUCUAUGCCCUUGUGGGGAAGGUAUGUUGAUUGAGAACAAUCAACCACCCUGGAAAAGGAAAAAACACAUGGUCACAUGGUAUAGAAAUUCAUUCAUUUUGUUGUGGUUGCUGCGAAGAGUGCCUUCAGUCAUAUGAACUGAAGUGCAGGACAAAUGCAAUGGAUGCUUGCAACUUUGGUGUGAACUUUGAGCACACCUUGAGUAGUCCAGUCGGACCCCCAUGUGAAGCUUUCAUCAGACCACUUUAGACUUUAAAGAUCUCUCA